ACUGCGGAGAAAAAAUCUCAACAAGAAAAAACUCAGCCGCCUUUUCUUCCUUUUUCUUCUUCUUGACUUCUUCGGGAACUUCAUCUCUUUAGCCGAAAAUCUCAGAGGAACGAUCAAAUGAUCCGACAAUGGCUGGAAUCAGUAAAAACCCAUCUCUAGUUUCUGUUCUUCCCUUGUUUAUCUUCUUCUGUUUCAUUGUAUCUUGCGAUGCGAGCAACACAAUCACCAGAGACCACCAGAUACGAGAUGGAGAAUCUCUGGUCUCUCAGGACGACAGGUUCGAGCUCGGAUUCUUCGGACAGGAGAAUUCGACGUCACGGUACUUGGGGAUUUGGUACAAGAACAUCGAACCUCGAACAGUAAUCUGGGUGGCUAAUCGGGAAAAGCCGGUUUCGGGUAAUAACGGAGUUCUGAGAAUUGCAGAAGAUGGGAACUUGGUGUUGCAGAGCGGCGGAAACGGCACGGUCUGGUCGUCGAGAGCGCGAAUCGAAUCGAACAGAACGAUCGCUGUUCUGUACGGAACAGGAAAUCUAGUUCUGUCGGAUUCAGACACAACCAAGUCAUACUGGCAAAGCUUUGAUCAUCCUGCAGAUACUUACUUGCCCGGGAUGAGAGUUCGAGUGAACCCUUCAAUGGGAGAGAACAGAGCUUUCGUUUCAUGGAAUUCAGAAAACGACCCUUCUCCCGGAAAGUAUUCAUUAGGCGUUGAUCCGAAUGGAGCACCGCAGAUUGUGAUCUGGGAAGGGCAAACUCGGAAAUGGCGAAGCGGGCAAUGGAACUCACAGAUAUUCACCGGGGUUCCUGACAUGUCUAGUGUCACGAACUACCUCUACGGUUUUAAGCUAUCAUCUCCUCCGGAUUCAAACGGUAGCGUGUACUUCACUUAUAAUCCGUCCAAUAGUUCCGAUUUCUUGAGGUUUAGGGUUAGGUUUGACGGUAAAGAGGAGCAGUUCAGGUGGAACGAGGAAGCCAAGAACUGGAGUUCGAUCCAGUCAAAACCUACAGUAGAAUGUGAGAGAUAUAACUAUUGCGGGAAUAACAGCGUUUGCCAUGAUGGUAAGGACGCGGGUACGGGUAAAUGCAGUUGCCUUGACGGGUUUGAGCCGAAGGUUUGGAACCAGUGGAUCAAUGGCGACUUUUCAGGCGGAUGUAGGAGAAGAGUUCCAUUGAAAUGUCAGAAGAAGAACGACGAUAGCGAGAGUAAGAUUAUUGGAGGACAUAGAGAAGAUGGGUUUAAGGGGAUAAAGUGUGUGAAAUUACCCGAUUUCGGAUCGGUAAUUUCGCUGGAUGAUUCAGAGACCUGCAGAGAUAUGUGCUUGAGGAAUUGCUCGUGUAACGCUUACGCUAACGUUAGUGGGAUCGGAUGCAUGGUUUGGAUGAACGAUCUGGUCGAUAUUCAGCGUUUCGUUAACGGUGGAAGCUUGCUGAAUAUCCGAAUGGCCGGCUCUGAACUAGGAACCGGGAAGGAAAUAUCGAAUCUUGUGAUCGUUAUAUUGAGCGUCGUGGCCGCGUUCUUGGCGGGAUUAAGCAUUUGGAUGAUAUGGAGAUUCAAGAAGAUCAGCAUGAAAGGUCUCUCAUGGAGGAGGAAGAAGAAGAAAGAGAAAGAUUUACCGGUUUCCGAGAAGAGCAAGAAGAGAGAAUGCUCGACCGAGCCUUCGGGAUCACUCUGCGAAGUCUUACAAGGCGGUGAAGCCGAUGCUCCAGACUUGCCGAUCUUCAGCUUCAGCAGUGUAGCUUCUGCAACUAACAAUUUCUCCGAAGAAAACAAGCUCGGGCAUGGCGGAUUCGGAACUGUAUACAAGGGAAAUUUUCCGGGAGGGCAGGAAAUCGCGGUGAAGAGGCUGUCGGGAAAAUCCAAGCAAGGACUGGAGGAAUUCAAGAACGAGAUCUUGCUAAUCGCGAGGCUACAACACAGGAAUCUGGUCAGACUUUUAGGAUGCUGCAUUCAAGACGGAGAGAAGAUUCUCCUCUACGAGUACAUGCCCAACAAGAGCUUAGACGGUUUCUUGUUCGACGAAACGAGACGAGAAAAGCUGGAUUGGAAGCAACGGGUAGUGAUCGUCGAAGGGAUAGCGAGAGGAUUAUUGUACUUGCAUCGAGAUUCGAGACUCAGAAUCAUUCACCGUGAUCUGAAAGCGAGCAAUAUCUUGCUGGACAACGAACUGACACCGAAGAUCUCAGACUUUGGAAUGGCGAGGAUCUUCAGCUGCCACCAGGACGAAGCCAACACCAUCCGAGUCGUGGGAACAUAUGGAUAUAUGUCUCCUGAAUACGCCAUGGGAGGGCUAUUCUCUGAGAAAUCUGACGUGUAUAGCUUCGGAGUUUUGAUAAUGGAGAUUGUGAGUGGUCGAAGAAACGUUAGUCUUCGUCAAUCCGAACAUGGAAGUCUCAUCGGUUAUGCAUGGCAUUUGUGGAGCCAAGGGAGGGCCAAGGAGAUGAUAGAUCCAACGGUGAGAGAUUCGUGUGAUGAGAACGAAGCGUUGAGAUGCAUACACGUGUCGUUGCUGUGUGUACAGGACAAUGCAGCCCAGAGACCGAACAUGGCGGCGGUGGUGCUGAUGCUCGAAAGUCAGACACAAAGACUUGCAGUUCCACGUCAGCCGACCUUCCACUCGUUUCGGAGCUCCGGCGAGAUCGAGAUCAAUUUGGACGGCCAGGAUGUAGCCUCGGUCAACGAUGUAACGUUGACCAGUGUGCUCGGUAGAUAAACGAUACUGACAAAUUUCAUAUUUGACUUUUUUGUUCAUAUGGUUCCCUUUUUCUUUUUUUCCUUUUGAGAUUUUUGUACAUCUUUAUUCAAUUUUGGCUGCCAUGGGAAUAAUAAUCAAAAUUCGGGCAAGUAUGCAUAUAUACAAUGAAGGUGGUUGUCUA